AUGGGUAAUCACGAGGCGGAGAAUGUUCGUAUGCUCUCCAAGCAGGAGCUGCUGGCGGAGCACAUUAAGGAGCUGCAGAAGGACUACACCGUUCAACCCCACUUGGAGUACACCACCAUUCGCGCGGUGAAUGGCCCGCUGGUGAUAUUAGAGGAUGUGCGACUCCCCACCUUUGCGGAGAUUGUGAAGAUUGAACUCGCCGACGGCACCCAGCGCCGUGGAAAGGUGUUGGAGGUGGAUGGAAGUAAAGCCGUUGUGCAGGUCUUUGAGGGCACAUCCGGCAUUGAUGUGAUGCGCUCCAAGUGUGAGUUCACUGGAAAGGUGAUGGAGCUUGGCGUGAGUGAAGAUAUGUUGGGUCGUGUAUUUAAUGGAUCGGGCAUUCCCAUCGACAAUGGCCCACCGGUGCUGCCAGAGCAGUAUCGUGAUAUUCAGGGAAUUCCUAUUAACCCACGCGCCCGCGUCUACCCGGAGGAGAUGAUCCAAACCGGUAUUUCCUCUAUAGAUGUGAUGACGUCUAUUUCGCGCGGUCAGAAGAUUCCACUUUUCUCUGGUGCUGGUCUUCCACAUAAUGAGAUCGCCGCGCAGAUUGUCCGACAGGCGGGAUUGGUGCGAAAAGAGGGAAAACAAGAAGACUUUUGUAUUGUCUUUGCUGCCAUGGGUGUGAAUCAGGAAACCGCACGUUUCUUCCGUACGGAGUUUGAGGAAAAUGGAUCUAUGGAGAAGACCGUACUCUUUAUGAACUUGGCAAAUGAUCCCACUAUUGAACGUAUUGUCACUCCACGUCUCGCUCUUACUACGGCGGAGUAUCUCGCCUACGAUUGCGGCAAACAUGUGUUGGUUAUUCUCACUGAUAUGAGUUCCUAUGCAGAUGCCCUUCGAGAAGUCUCUGCGGCUCGUGAGGAGGUGCCUGGACGACGUGGUUUCCCGGGUUAUAUGUACACGGAUUUAGCGUCUAUUUAUGAACGUGCGGGUCGUGUGCUCGGCCGUGCUGGAUCAAUUACACAGAUUCCUAUUCUAACAAUGCCAAAUGAUGAUAUUACACAUCCUAUUCCAGAUCUCACUGGAUAUAUCACGGAGGGACAAAUUUACGUGGAUCGUCAAUUGCAUAAUCGUCAGUUGUAUCCACCUAUUAAUAUUUUACCUUCACUCAGUCGUUUGAUGAAGAAUGCUAUUGGUGAGGGUAUGACCCGUAAAGAUCAUGGUGGUGUCAGCAAUCAAAUGUAUGCCGCCUAUGCGAUCAGUCGUGAUAUUUUAGCCAUGAAGGCCGUUGUUGGUGAAGAGGCAUUAAGCAGUGAGGAUUUAUUGCAUUUGGAGUUUCUCGAGAAGUUUGAAAAGAAGUUUAUUUGUCAAGGAUUUUAUGAAUCCCGUGAUGUCUUUCAGAGUUUGGAUCUCUGCUGGCAACUUCUCCGUACAUUCCCGAAGGUUCUACUCAACAAGAUUGACGUAAAGACACGUAACGAGUUCUACGAUCGUCAGCCUGAGCGCAAGUAG